AAAAAAAAAAAAAAAGAAAAAUCCCGGAGAUGCUGCCGUCGCCUGGGAAAACAAACAGCGAUCCAGACAAUUAAAAAGGAAAUCACCGAUCGGUCGCCAGGUAAGAAGGAGGCUCGCGGACUUCACCGCGGUGCGUUGGUGAGCCCAUCCGACGGUUUUUAACGUGGAAGUGCGGCGUGUUUUUCAGUAGUUGGUGCUGUGGGGAGAAUGCCAUUUGUCGUGUGGUCGGCUGCCAUAGCAACGGCUGGUGAGAAACACUGUGCAGCCCUGCUCAGCCCGACGCGCUCGAAUGUCGGAUCAAUGCGUUCAUUGCGGACAAUUUGGACCGGCAAACUCAAUGCAAUAAAUUGCCGUUGUGUCUCGUUCGCCGUCUCGACCGUCCGCCAGCUGACGGGUGUCAUGACAGCACCCCCCCCCAAAAAAAAAUCCACCCCGAGCAGCUGAAAAACAAGUGGCCGCGCAUACAGGGGACAAGCGUGGUAGUUAUUUAGGAAUGUGGUUUUACUGCACAAUUCGGAGAGGGUCUCCAGGCGAGGGUCUGUGUGUGCGUGCCCCCUUUCUUUUCUUAAAAAAAAUAAAAACAUGUAUUUAUUUAUUCGCCGUGCCCUGGUGUGACUGGCGCGUCUCCUGGCUGCAUCAGCGCCUGUUGCUCCUCACGCACGGCCGCUGCCGCGAUGAUAAUUUCCCCUGCGCCUCUUGUCUCCGCCCCCUGCUCGCUCCGUAGUCUCCUCUGUCCAUUGUUGUUGCCAUCCAUUUGAGCAAAAGGUGCAGCAUUGUACAUAUGGCUAUUUUUGUCCCUCUCCCUCUCCUUUUUUUCCUCAACAUGAAAUAAAAUAGAGCCUCACCUUAAGUCUGCUCACAUAAAAUCCACAUAUUCUAUGUUUGGAAAUCAAAUUCUAUAUGUCUAGUCCCUAUACCUUAUGUCUAUACGCAGUGUAAUGUAUGUAUGUAUCUAAUAAUCUCUCAAUGUGUGUGUGUCGCACACACACACACACACACACACACACACACACACAUUGAGAGAUUAUCAGAAAACGACACUUUUGGCUUUGCUUGUACCUACAUAAGCAGUCUGAUUAGGGUCAGAUAUAUUGUACUAUAAAUGGCUCGCUAACGUUUAUAAAAUUCUGUUUAUCAUAUAUUUAUCUGUUUUAUUUUUCUCCGUACUUCUCUGGCUUUCUUCUUGUGCUGCUGAAAUGCUACAUUUUUAAAAAGUUUUAUCUUGAUAUUUAAUUUGGAUGUUCUUAUGGAAUAAGAGUUAUAGGCCUUCCAGCUACUUGGACCACCCCCAGUAGUUUAAACCCCUCCUCCAACAGUCAUUAGCUGUCUAUAAAGGCAGAGCAUCUCAUGGAAGGAGAAGAAAGUUUACUAGAUUUGUUUUUUUCAGUGAACUCAUUACUAGACAGUUGGAACUGAAAACAAAAAACCCCUCUGUUUCCUGUUCUUGUAACAACAAACAGCUGGUAAGGAUGAUUUCUGUGGUUGGUACCAAAGAUAUUACUCGCAUUUUAAGAUUUGGAAAAUUGGAUCCAAAGAAAACAAGUUACAUCAAACAUCUUCUUUAAUCGUAUUUCUGUAGGCAUCUGGUGAGAAUGAAUGCUGACGACUGCAAUGGAUGCUCAUAUGCACAAGGAAAUGGAGGAGAGUCAUCCACAGAACAGGAUUUCUACAGCGGGUUGCGGGGCCCUCCGGCAAGUUCCCCAAACAGUCAGCAGUCCACGCCACACCGCUCCCACAGUGCAAACUCCAUCAAGGUCGAGCUGUGCAGCGGGGAUGAAUCACCAGGCGCUCCACAGCCAGAGAACAGAGAGGCUGUGAGCGACGACAGCCGGAGGGACGACAUGGGCGACCCCAUGGAGGAAGGGAGCACUGAGUAUGCUGGCAUUGGAAUAGACGGGGGGAGCACUUAUAAUGAGAUGGCCAGUCCAAACUCUGCUUCCCCAGGACCUCUGCGCCUACCCAAUGGGAAGCUCCAGUGUGAGGUGUGCGGCAUGAUCUGCAUCGGCCCCAACGUGCUGAUGGUGCACAAGCGCAGCCACACAGGUGAGAGGCCGUUCCAGUGUAACCAGUGUGGAGCUUCCUUCACCCAGAAAGGGAACUUAUUGCGCCAUAUCAAGUUGCAUUCGGGAGAGAAGCCUUUCAAAUGUCCCGUUUGCAACUACGCUUGUCGGAGGAGAGAUGCCCUGGCUGGACAUCUACGCACGCAUGCAGGUUCUUCUCCAACAGUGGGAAAACCUUUCAAGUGCAGCUACUGCAGUCGAAGUUAUAAACAGCAGAGCACACUGGAGGAACAUCUGGAGCGCUGCCACAGCUAUUUGAAGAGUCUAGAACACCAGACAGCCGCGCAGUCCGGUAACAUGCAUGGUGAAGAGUCAGCAAAUAUGGAGACAAUUACAAAACCUUUACUCCAGCUGUCCAAUGAAAAGAUCCAGUCCGCAGAUAGACUGGCUAUCAGCAUCACCAAGCGCAAGAGGUCCACACCACAGAAGUUUUUAGGUGAAAAGCACAUGCACCGUGACCUACCUGAAGCACCUUACGAAUUGUCCUCUGGUUCUGAGAAGGAGGCGGACCUCACAAGCUCUCAGCCUGCUGUGGACUCUGCUGGCUCGGCCGGACCACUUCUCCAAGGCAGCAGGGGUAAAAGGGAGAACUACGGGCCGCCUUCGCCGUCUCAGCUCCAUCCUGCCUUCCUGACGGAGCUACGCACGGCCAUGGCCUCUGUCAACAGCAACUUGACUCCUCCGGGCCCCCAAGCCCGUGGUGGCGGUGGGCCGGCAGCAGUGUCCCUUGGCCCGGCAGGGCAGCAGGCUGGGGGCGGCCGUGAUGACCGGCGCUCGGCCCGAAGGCACAUCACCUCGCCCAACGGCUGCCCCGACUCUACAGACACAGAGAGCGCAGCAGAGGAGCAGAGCACAAGGGCCGCAGCCCCGACGAUUACCUCCAACAACCACCACCUCCACUACCCAACCCCAGCGCUGCCGCGCAGCCGUCCCGCUUCCAGCCCCAGGCAGGCCAAAGACUUGGACCCAGAGUGGGAGAGAGCGUGUCCUGCGCCCCCGACAGCAAAGAGGAGCCCUGUCGCUCCCCUGUCCUCCAUGGAAAUUGUGCAGGUGCUGGACAGGGACGGCAGGCCCGUGCGCUCCUUCCACUGUCGGCACUGUCGCGUCCUCUUCCUGGACCAUGUCAUGUUCACCAUCCACAUGGGCUGCCACGGCUUCCGCCAACCCUUCGAGUGCAACAUCUGCGGCCACCGCAGCCAGGACCGCUACGAGUUCUCGUCUCACAUCAGCCGCGGAGAGCAUCAGGUGGGCUGAGGAGAGGGGAGGGUGGUGUCGGAUGAGUGGAGGCGACUGUUGCUCUCUGAAGUCGUAGGCUCGCGUUUGUUCUGCACCAGAUCAGUUGCUUUGAAUCCCUAGGGUAAGUAAAAGGAUUUGUGGUUUUACAGUGAGAACAUUUAUUAAAAUAAAGCAGAUGUGGGUGAAAGAUAUUUUCACUGCACCAUUUAAAGUUUAGUGGAGGCAAAUUGCAGUCUAGGAUUGAUUGCACUCCCAUCUAAAAUCAUCUGGCAAAACUGCUGGUUUUGCUUCAAAGUGCCUUCUUUGGGAAUUUCCUCUGUAACCAAAACUGUCGGGGAACGGUGCUCAAAAAUCAAACUAGCCAUCUUUUGCAAAGGGGUUUAGCUAGCACCUUUGAAAGGUUGUGCACAGGCAGUUAUGGUAAGCAUGUCAUGUACAUUUUAAGAAUUCUAUUGGUUAUGCUUAGUAGAGCUUUGUUUUUGUGGUUGAGGUCGGUACUUUGUGUCGAGUGUCGGGUAUGCUUAAUAUGCACUGAGAGCUUUGUACCUCUGGGUUUAGGAGGGGCUUUUGUCACGGACAAAGCACAGUAAUGGAUUGCCUUAACUCCUACAGUAGUGCGCUGCUGUAGGAAUACAUUGUUUACAGCGCAUGUGAAGUCACCUCAGAAGAGAGAAUAUUUGCAGCUGCACAUCAGGACAAAGUGGAGUCGCGAGAGGGAGAUUAACUUGAAAACGUUCAGGGUCUUUGGUACUCAGAUGUAAAAUAGAUUUUCGGGGGUGAUAAAGUGAGCCUCAGCAUGCUGGUGCAGAUCAGACCACGAGCCCUGCAGUGUACAGCAAGAGCCUGACAGAAAUGGCCCAGGGUGCUACACCUACACAGGAUUGCACUUUUAGGUUCCCUGCUUAUAUAUGAACAUCUUUGCCGAAACACUGGAUGGCUUUACCAAGUUUUUCUUUCUGUGAUUGUUUUACUGCACUGAUGAAUCAGAUAAAACUCACAAUUAUUGAUCAUCUAAUUUGCUACGCCAGUGUAUGCUUUAACGGAGCCGGCCUUCAACAGAGAUCGUUGCACUGGUUCUGGAAUCCACACUGAAGUUUGCUGCAGUGUGCGACUGGGAAUUGAAUAUCAGUUCAAUAAAUACAAUUAUUUUGUCGUGUUUUGCAUUCAGCAGUUUACGCUGAGAAUUCAACAACAAUUUGCGUAAUGUAAGUGAAUUAACAAAUUAAUUAUUUAAAAUGAAUUAACAAAUCCUUUUCAAUCAGUUCAGUUCUCACUUGUGAUUAUCUAUUUAGUGUUGUUUGUUUCAGCCUUGGUGUAUUUAAUCAGCUAUAUUCCAAAUCUUAUCCAGCAUAUUCCUCAAGUCCAUGAAAUGUUACCUCCUGCUUCUUUAUAGCACCCAAAUACCUUAUUGCUACAGUAUGGUGAGUUAUCUGAUAAUGUUAAUAUUGGGAACAUGAAUGAGACCAAACUCAGUAUUCUUACUUGUUAUUGUGGGUUUGCUGCUUCAUAGUUUAACUUAAUUUUGAUUGACUGCGGGCAAAAAUAUACUUGAAACUGUUGGAGAAAAAAGUUAUCUUAAAAUGCACUUGGUUUAAUAAGUAGAGAAAUGUGUGUGAAUGGAAUAUAGCAUGUGUGCUUGUCAUUUUCUGCUUUUCCCUGAAUUGUGAAUUAUUUUUGAAAUGUGAAGUAAUUUCAGUAAGUGAAAAUGAGGCAUGGGUUCUUGUCUCUUUGUGUAGACUUUUAAAUGUUAUACGAUAUGUUGUGAAUGAUGUAACAUGACAAAACACUUUACCUCAAAGUUAAAGAUGUACAACUGCCUCAUUAGUUCAACAAGUCCUGUUUCUUUCCAAGAUGUUCUUGCAGUUACAGAUGCGUGGCCCUUAAUAUUUCCCCAAACUUUUUACUGUCAAUAAAGUUGAGUUUAUUGUAAAAGUGA